CAGCAAUUAGCCCCAAGAGGGAAGAAUCAGCUGGCUCUUGAAAAUAGACUGAAAGCACCCAGAGCCUUCCCACACCUUCAGGUUAUCACCUUGCUGUCCAGGAACUUCCUUCAGCUAGCCCUCCUUCCCAGUCCACUAUGGCCAGUUCCAAUAGCAGCGCAGGCAUCCGGUGGUCCAGGCAAGAGACACGAACUCUUCUUUCCAUACUAGGCGAGGCAGAAUAUAUUCAACGCCUCCAGACUGUCCACCAUAAUGCAGAUGUCUACCAGGCUGUAUCCAAACGAAUGCAGCAGGAAGGCUUCCGGCGCACUGAACGUCAGUGCCGCUCCAAGUUCAAAGUUCUGAAGGCACUGUAUUUAAAGGCCUAUGUUGCUCAUACCACAAGUAUGGUGGACCCACCACAUUGUCCAUUUUAUGAUACUUUGGACCAGCUGCUCCGAAAUCAGAUAGUGACUGAUGCAGACAACUUAAUGGAGGAUACUGUUUGGUCCAAGCAUUGUGAUCAAAACUUAGUAGCUCCAGAUUCCCUAGAGGAAGAGGGAGCCAGCAUUCUGAAUGCCAGAAGGACUCAGGCAGCAGAUCACCAGCCUCUCUUGAAAACAGUUAAGGAAUCAAAUGAGAAUUGUCAGCUAAGAACCAGUGGCCUGAUGCAAGAAACCAGUGAUCUUGAGGACUCGUGGGAUGAAUCCUCGGGUGCAGGGUGCUCUCAAGGGACCCCCAGCUACAGCAACUCCCACCACCUUUUCAUGGGUGCAAUUGCUCCCUGUCAGAGCAGCCCCAUGACCAGACUGGGUGUGUCCGGUGAGCCCAGUCCCUGCAGCAGCACCAGCCGAAACCUUCCUGGGGUGGCCUCCACACCACAGACGCCAGUCUCCUCCUCCAGGGUUCCUUUUGUUUCUGGGGGGGAUAGGUCCUUGACCGGUGAGCCCCCUCCAAAGUGGGCAAGGCGAAGAAGGAAAUCAGUGGCCAGGACUAUCGCAGCAGAGUUGGCAGAAAACAGGAGAUUGGCUCGUGAACUUUCAAAGCGUGAGGAAGAAAAACUGGACAGGCUGAUUGCUAUUGGUGAGGAGGCCAGUGCCCAGCAAGACACUGCCAACGAGCUCCGCAGGGAUGCUGUGAUUGCAGUCAGACGCUUGGCGACGGCCGUGGAAGAGGCCACUGGUGCUUUUCAGCUAGGGCUUGAAAAAUUGCUCCAGAGGUUAAUUUCAAGUACCAAAAGUUAAGACCUGGUUGCAAACUGGUCUUAUUCCCUAAACUGGUAGAAGCCCAGUUCCAACACCUGUCUUCUGAUACCGACUCCAUUUCCAUGUCCUCAGACAAUAAAGAAUGGAUGAACCAUUAGUAUGCACAGCGGGAGGAAUAUAUAUGCUAAGUUUCUCCACUAAUUGAAAGACCAUUCAGAGGUGAACCAAGUGGCCUACUAGACAAAUACAGAGCGUUAUUCAGUCCCUGUUUUGUCAGUGGUAUGAAACAGUGGAUGUUUUAUCAGUUUUUGCCAGUUUCCUCAUCUGUAAAAUGGGGGGUGAAUUAAUAACUCUUAACCUGCCUACCUCACAGGGUUGUUGUGAGGAUCAAGUGGCUAAUAGAUGUGAAAGAGUUUAAAAGUUGAAAAGCAUUCAACACAUAUAAGCUAUUAACACAUAUUACUUUGACUGAGGUCAGGAUAGGGUAAGGCACAUUAGUUGACAAGAAGUAGUAGAGUUAUAUAACAUAACCUCAUUGCUUGAAUCUUUGCUAGUUUAAUUUAACCACUACCUGGAGUUUGGGGUCUUAGUUAUUAAAUCCCUCUAUAAUUCAUAGACACAGUGCCUUUGCACCUUCACCUCUUAUAUUUUCACUGCUGUGUCUGUGACAGAACUACCAGUAAGUAUUCCUAAUAGUCAAACCAUCUUCAUCUCCAUUUUACUAGUUCUUGGUCUGCCACUAUAAGUAUAUAAUUUAAGAACUGACAGAGGACCACAAUUAUGUGUUAUGGUUUAUAUUGAUAAUCUUUGCUAUAAUGAGAUACUGGCUGUUUUAUACUAUUGAAUGACUAUUGACUGUAAGUAAAUGUGUUGCAUUCCAUAUUACUUGGGUCCUUUUACAUACAUAAUUGUAAAUCUUCAAAUCUUAAGUUGUCAUUUAAACAUCAUGGAAAUAAUUUGGGUAUCAGUUGGAAAAUAAGCUUUUAGCUAAUUUCAUUCUUUGUUGUAAGCUUUCGUUUUGUUUAGUAUAUUGCAGAAAACAAGCCCUUCAAAACUUUCUUCUAGGGGAUUUUUCCAAAGUCACUUUCUCAAAUGUUGUAGACAUAUACCCAGUUAGUGGUGGAAGAGAACAGCUUUAGGCACAACUGACAAUGAUGUGGAUAAAGGUGCCUGCAAUAGAUAAAUUCUAUUAAGUGCAAGCCCUCGAACAAAUAACAGCACCUCUCCCUGCCCCAAAUCUGUAUAUUUCCUUUGGGAGAUAAGAAUGUGUUGAUCCAUACUUCUAAUUUAUGUAGAAGGGAAGCCAUUACUGUCCAUCAUUAAACUAACUUAAAGCUUUUAGUGGUUCACUUAGUGCUUUCAGGAAAUACAAUUAGAAAGCUAGGAAUUUUAAAAGCUUUCCUUUGAUCUGGAAACUCAGGAAAAUAAAAGGGGACUGGGGGAAGAUAUAUAUAUAUAUCUUGCAGGAUUGGGUAUUUACCUAAUACUGGAGGUGCAACUAGGAGAACAAAUUGUUAAAACUGCAAUGGGAGCACACCUGGAACUGUAAGUGGAUGAUAAGCAGCAAGCUGCUCAUGUGAAUGAGUGAUAUUGAGGCAGCUGUAGUAGAAGACACUGGAAUCUAGUCAGAACUCCUGGGUUCUGAUUCAGUUCAGUAUUGUCACUUUGGGCAAAUCGUAUCCCUUUAUUGCUUCAUUUUCUCUAUCUUUAAAUUGAGAGAUUUUUGACAGAUGACUUAUAAUACUUUCCAGGUCUAGCAAUAUUUCUAUGAUAAAUAGUGUUGCAAAUGACAAAAGUGAAAUUUAAGUUGAAAUAUUUUAGGUUGCAAAUGUCUAUUGCUAAAUGUUUUAAAUAGUGAUAACAAUUUUAAGGAAGCACUCUGCAGUAUUAUUAAGAUACUUAAGAUACUCGUGAACUUGUAAGUACCACACCAGACGUAGAGCCCUUGCUUUAAAGGAGCAUAGAUUUAGGAAUUGUGUCUUCUCAGUUGUUUUAGUUUUUUGUGUGAGAGGAUACAUGUCAGCUACAAUUGAAUAACUCUAAUGUAGAUAGGUAGGCUUUCUGGAAAGAAAAAACAGGAAAGUAUACUUUAUGACAGGUGGGCCUAUACUGUAUAAAUCUGUUAGUGGUAGCAAAGUACAGAAGCAGUGCUUUAUUUGAAGAAAAGUGCUAAACAAGAGUUUAAAUGAGCAUGUAUAGUGAAAAUCUAGUGGGUAAAAUAAUGUGAAAAUAAAGUUAGAGAUGUUUGAAGGAAGGAAGAAAAAAUACAGGCUGAAAAUAGGGGAAAACUAGGCUGAAGUGACCCCACUAUUACUCCCUGUUAUUUCACCACUGUAACUCAGCUGGAAGGUGGGAAACUAACUCUGUCCCACCUGCCUCGGGUAUUUAGUGACCUUCAGAUGAAUGUUAAAACACUUGCAGGCAAGGAAGGCACUGUCAUGGUACCGAAUUGGCACAUUAGUGCUGGGGAUAUGGCUGGUGACUCCAACUUUUAAGAAGGGGAAGAGGUGCAUUGCUGAGCAGGUGGUUACCUGAGAUGCUCUGCUGCCUAAAGAUGUGAUGUAAAUGAGGUGCUGUGUACUCCACCCUCCCACCACCAUUGUUUUUCUGUGAAGUAUUUGAAUCCUGGUGUGGACAAAUAAAGUUUUUACUUGUCUAUA